GUUCACGACACAUCCCCGCCUAUACCCUUUCUUUGUACGUUCCCCUUCAUACUGCGGCCACGCCGUCUACUAGUGUAACAUUCCCUCACCACAAGGGUACCUACAAUGAUCAACAAGGCUCUCCCGUACUACCUUGAGGACCGUUCCGGCCUGUACACCGGCUCUGACUUCGACGACAUCUAUGAUCGUUUGUUCCUUCGUGUGGCACGACCAUCUGCGAGCCCCACGGACGGUCCCCCCACUGCUCUGAUGAUAUACAAUGUCGGUCGUCGGUCGUCGAACCAACGCGACUACCGACCCGUACAGCGGGAGCCGGCGGUCGCCCUCGAGUUUGGGUCCAACGGGACCCUUGGGCGGAUAUCUUUCAUGGGCACGUCCAUGUCUCUUCCCAUGAACCAGUAUCUCAAAAAGAUCUCGCUGUUUGGAGGAUCACUUGUACGGAAGUUCGAAGCGUCGAAUGGCGAGGAAUACAGAUGGACAUACAAGAGUGACUCUGAGCACGAGUGGUCGUGUACCGACUCACGCAACUACAUUGUGGCACAUUACAGCUUGAAGCCUCCGAACAAGCCCGCGUUUCGCACAUCCGGGAAUGUCUUGACAAUUAACGAGGCGCACGCAAGUCUGGCAAUCGAACUUUUGGCAUCAUUGACCAUCAUGCGUCACAUUGCCGCAUACCAUCUAUGAUGGGAGCCGAACAGAGCUCGCAGAGAGCUGACAUUGCGAUCUGCUCCUCGACUACUCUAGUAC